AUGUUCCUCCGUACACGGUCACCGGACACCGGAGAAAAUGCGGGUCCAAGACAGAACUCGAUAUCCGUGGCUACGUUCCGAGCAGCUCUACGCGGGGAACCCCUUGAUAAAUGGGGUCGGAGGUUGGCAGUGACGGAGACCGGUGAAUGGACCAGACUGCUAGUGAGAGACGUGCUAGCGUGGUGCAAGCGGGGACAUGGCAGAAGAGAAGCAACCCUGGAAUGCCAUCAUUGCGGUGCCGCGGUUGACGAUGCACGAUACACGCUAUUUGCAUGCACCUCGUGGGCAGAGGAAAGGAUCGAGGCGACGCGUGUCCUCGGCACAUUUGACCGGUUAUCCAUUGUGGAGAAGAUGCUGACAUCUAAAGAAUGCUGGGACACGGUAUGUAAAUUUGCGUUUACUGUUAUGUUGAAGAAGGAAUAUGCCGAACGCUCAAGAAGAGGCGAAGGAGCUAGAACUUGA